AGAAGAGAGCGAUCCCCACACAAUGACGAUGGAUCUCUCACUGUACCUGGUCACGGACUCCACUCCGGCGAUCUUGAAGGGCCGUGACAUCUGCCAGGUGGUGGAGGAAGCCCUCAAAGGAGGUGUGACCUUUGUGCAGUAUCGAGAGAAGAAGAGCGACACGGGGGACCAGAUCCGAACGGCCAAAAAGCUGCAUCAGAUCACCCGGCGGUACAAUGUUCCCUUGGUGAUUAACGACCGCGUGGACGUUGCCCUCGCGGCUGGUGUGGAGGGCGUCCAUCUGGGUCAAGAUGAUAUGGCUAUUGAGGAGGCGAAGAAGCUGCUGCCAAAGGACGCCAUCAUUGGCAUUAGCGCGGCGACGGUGGAUGAGGCGCAGAAGGCCAUCGACGCGGGGGCGGAUUACCUGGGGAUAGGCACCAUGUUUGCCACUCCAACCAAGACCAAUACGAAAAACAUCCUCGGCACCGCUGGCACACAGGCCCUCCUGCACGCCAUCGCCAACCACUCCAUCGAGACGGUCUCCAUCGGAGGCAUCAACCUGUCCAAUGUCCAGCGCGUUCUCUACCAAUCCAAAGCCCCGGAGAAGGGUCUCAACGGCGUAGCGAUUGUCAGUGCGAUCAUGGCCGCAGACGACCCCAAGGCCGCGGCUGCCGAGUUCGUCAAGCGCAUCGAUUGCCCGCCUCCUUUCGUCCAGACGCAAGUCGCUCCCAAGGGGUACGGGGUGUCCGCGAUGCUGGAGGAGGUGCCCCAUGUGGUCCAGAGCGUUGUCCAGGCUCACCCGCUUGUCCACAACAUGAUCAACUUUGUGGUGGCUAACUUCGCUGCCAAUGUCGCUCUGUCGGUCGGAGCAUCUCCAAUCAUGUCUCCCUACGGCGACGAAGCAGGCGACCUUUCCCAGUGCGACGGUGCCUUGCUGAUCAACAUGGGCACGCUCACGCGCGAGAGCGUCCCCAACUACCUCCAAGCUCUCCAGGCCUACAACGCGCGGGGAAACCCCGUGGUCUACGACCCGGUCGGGGCGGCCGCCACCGGCAUCCGCCGUGCAGCCGUCACCCAGCUGAUGACCGGCGGUUAUUUCGAUCUGAUCAAGGGCAACGAGGGCGAGAUCCGCCAGGUGUCGGGGAGCAGUGGUGUCACGCAGCGCGGUGUCGACAGUGGACCCAGUAGCCUCGACGGUUGUGGAAAAGCCACAUUGGCCCGCGACCUUGCCCGACGAGAGCGGAAUAUUGUCUUGCUGACCGGUGCAAUCGACUACCUGAGUGACGGCGAGCGAGUGUAUGCUGUCGAAAACGGCCAUGAGCUUCUCGGAGAGGUCACCGGGACCGGCUGUGCCGUAGGCACGAUCUCCGGCUGCUUCUUAACCGCUCACCGAUCCAACAAGAUCCUGGCGGUGCUAUCAGGUCUUCUAAUGUACGAGAUCGCGGCCGAAAACGCCGCUUCUAAAGAACACGUUCGAGGACCCGGGAGCUUUGUCCCCGCCUUUCUGGACGAGCUGUACGCCAUCCGACAGGCAGCGUUGAAGGGGGAUCACAGCUGGUUUGUGGGGCGAGGACGGGUGUAUGAGGUUGAACCGCAGUAAGAAUUAGACCUGCAGACGGGGAAUGUCUAUACAAGAACAUUGUGUGCAUAGGUGGAUGAGGUAUCUGCUGAUCUAUAGAAAUGAUACACCUUUUAUUAUCAAG